CCCGCCCGCCCCGCCCGCGCGCCCGCCGCCCCCGGCCCCCCGGGUCCCCCCUCGGCCGGGCAGCCCCCAAUCCCGCGCCGCCCGGACCCCCUCCUCCUCCCUCCCUCCUCCCUCCGCCCCCUCCCCGCGGGACUCCGGCGUCCCCGCCCCCCAGUCCUCCCUCCCCUCCCCUCCAGCAUGGUGCUCGCGGCCCCGCUGCUGCUGGGCUUCCUGCUCCUCGCCCUGGAGCUGCGGCCCCGGGGGGAGGCGGCCGAGGGCCCCGUGGCGGCGGCGGCGGCGGCGGCGGCGGCGGCAGCGGCGGGGGUCGGGGGGGAGCGCUCCAGCCGGCCAGCCCCGUCCGUGGCGCCCGAGCCGGACGGCUGCCCCGUGUGCGUUUGGCGGCAGCACAGCCGCGAGCUGCGCCUAGAGAGCAUCAAGUCGCAGAUCUUGAGCAAACUGCGGCUCAAGGAGGCGCCCAACAUCAGCCGCGAGGUGGUGAAGCAGCUGCUGCCCAAGGCGCCGCCGCUGCAGCAGAUCCUGGACCUACACGACUUCCAGGGCGACGCGCUGCAGCCCGAGGACUUCCUGGAGGAGGACGAGUACCACGCCACCACCGAGACCGUCAUUAGCAUGGCCCAGGAGACGGACCCAGCAGUACAGACAGAUGGCAGCCCUCUCUGCUGCCAUUUUCACUUCAGUCCCAAGGUGAUGUUCACAAAGGUACUGAAGGCCCAGCUGUGGGUGUACCUACGGCCUGUACCCCGCCCAGCCACAGUCUACCUGCAGAUCUUGCGACUAAAACCCCUAACUGGGGAAGGGACCGCAGGGGGAGGGGGCGGAGGCCGGCGUCACAUCCGUAUCCGCUCACUGAAGAUUGAGCUGCACUCACGCUCAGGCCAUUGGCAGAGCAUCGACUUCAAGCAAGUGCUACACAGCUGGUUCCGCCAGCCACAGAGCAACUGGGGCAUCGAGAUCAACGCCUUUGAUCCCAGUGGCACAGACCUGGCUGUCACCUCCCUGGGGCCGGGAGCCGAGGGGCUGCAUCCAUUCAUGGAGCUUCGAGUCCUAGAGAACACAAAACGUUCCCGGCGGAACCUGGGUCUGGACUGCGAUGAGCACUCAAGCGAGUCCCGAUGCUGCCGAUAUCCCCUCACAGUGGACUUUGAGGCUUUCGGCUGGGACUGGAUCAUCGCACCUAAGCGCUACAAGGCCAACUACUGCUCCGGCCAAUGCGAGUACAUGUUCAUGCAAAAAUAUCCGCAUACCCAUUUGGUGCAGCAGGCCAAUCCAAGAGGCUCUGCUGGGCCCUGUUGUACCCCCACCAAGAUGUCCCCAAUCAACAUGCUCUACUUCAAUGACAAGCAGCAGAUUAUCUACGGCAAGAUCCCUGGCAUGGUGGUGGAUCGCUGUGGCUGCUCUUAAGGUGGGGGAUAGAGGAUGCCUCCCCCACAGACCCUACCCCAAGACCCCCAGCCCUGCCCCCAUGCCCCCAAGCCCUAGAGCUCCCUCCACUCUUCCCAUGAACAUCACACCCUGUUCCCCGACCAAGCAGUGUGCAAUACAACAGAGGGAGGCAGGUGGGAAUUGAGGGGUGAGGGGUUUGGGGGAAAGGGGAAGGAGGGGCAUAGUCAGGGUGGGGAGUGUUUGAAGUUUGCAGAUGAGAAGGUUUGACAAAAAGACAGAGAGAUGUAGAGACAGAGUGAUAGAGACAGAGGAACAAAAAGAGCAGCAGUGAGAAGGCAGAGAGAGGCAGAAGAGACAGACUAGGCAGAGACAAAACACUGAGAAAGAGACUGAAAUGGAGUAAUAAAUGAAAGCCCCACACCAAGCCUCCUUUCUUCCACUGGCAAGGUGAGGGGCUUGGUAUAGUUUGGGGAGAUCCCCUGACUACUCAGUAGAAGAAAUCAAAAAUCCAUUCUUUUUCCUUCUCUCCCUCCAACAGUGGCCAGGGGAAGGGGAAGUGAGGGCAGGGGCAAAAAGAUUUGGGAAUUUUUAUUUAUUUAUUUAUUGUGACUUUUCAUUUUUUUGGUAUUUGGCUUUACUGGAAUAGGAGGGCCCCUGCCCACUGUGCCCCAUUUAUCCCUUAUUCCCCAAACCCUGCUCUCCCCAACACCUACUCACUUAAGCACUUGUAUAAAGCCUCCAGGGUUGGGAAUGGGAGUAAAGGGCAAGAGGGCAGACACAUGAAGUUUAGUUUCUAACCCAUCAUCAACCUAACUCAACCUUUUCUGAGCUAAAUGGCUUGAAUUGAAGCCAGUUGUCAUGGAAAUAGUAAGAGGUUAGGGUUUAAGAGCUGGGGAUGCGGGGGUGGGAGAGAGAACCCUCAACAUCCAGGAUCUAUAUAAUGAGAGCUACUUUAAACCCUCAGGUCCACCCUCAUGAUACUGAGUUAUUUAGCCAGAGGGUGCAGCCUGCUUAUGCCCAAAUUCCCUCAGCCAAGAGAGAGACCAAAGAGCCUCUGGAAUGGCCCUGCUCCCAGCCUCUAUCUUCAGGUCAAUUAGAGAAAGUAUAGAGACCCCAGAGUCCCCUGGGUCUGGAAAGCGUUAGGAGAGGUCAAGAAAGGAGCAGUAAGGAGGCUGAAGGUUACAGGGCAUUUGAAUCCAAAUCACUGCUCUGGGCUAGGGAAUAGAGCCAGCAGACCAAGGUGGGAGGGAUUCUGGAAGGGGGACAUUUUAGUCCCCUAACCCCAAAGCUCAGGGUGGAAGAGGGGAGAACAAGGAAGCAGAGUGUAUAAUUAUUUUUUCCUUUUAUUUUUGGAAUCUAACAGUACCUGGCAGCAGGGAGGGGAAAGUACAGUGGGGAAAAGCAUCUGACAAGGCCAGUUAGAACAGAGGAUGAAAAGGAUGGAGACUCCCGGGUUUGGAAGGCUAGGAAGCAGGCAGAGACUAGUUGCCAUUUCAAGUCACUAGCUAGGCCCAUUCAUUCCUCCCACAACCCUGACCCAUUCUCCUCUGGACUCACUGUGCCUCAGUUUCUUCCCCUCAAUGGAAUGAGAAAUGACAGCACCCGCCACAGCCAAGAGAUGAAUUCUGAGCACUUACCACGGGCACUUUAUGGACAUAAAAUACCUCUCGCUGUGGGACAGAUAACCAGGGCACCAGAGUAGUGGUGAAGAGAUGUGAGGCUUAAGAGGAGUCACAGGCUUCAGAGUACAAGUUCCCCUCUGCCUCCCAGCUGGACAGUGCCUAGAAGCCAAGGAGUUGAGAAUCUCCUGAUCCACACCCUAUCCUUACUUCACCACCAGGCCUCUUGGCUCCACUCAAGAGCGUAGAGGAUGUCAGGAGAGGUGGGGGUAAGAACCUUCAGCAAAACUGUCACUCUAAGUAGAACCAGCAGUUACGGGUCUGAUAAAAACAGUACUGAACUAAAGUAAAGCCCAAGCUGGUGAGCAAAA